CCCUCCUCCACCACCCCCUCCCCCUCUCCCAGUCUCUGGUCCCAGCAGUGUCCCCAGUGCUGGGGAGAAUUCUCAGCGGUUGACAAAGCAGACUAGUUUUGACAAACAGCUGGACUCUCUAACUGACCUUCUGUCUGAGAUGGAGACCAUAGGACCCUUCAACCCCAAGUUGCCCAGUCAGUCCUCAGCUCCUCGUCCUCCUGCCCCCAAGCUUGCAGGUCCUCCCCCCACCGCUCCCAAGCCCAACCUCUCCUUCCUCCCCCCUCCAGAGAUGGGAGACAAGCCUCCUCCCGCUCCCUGGGCCGAGGAGCUCAAACUCCGAACGACACACCGACAAGCCAAUAACGCUACAUCCGCCCCAGCUCCUGCGCCUGCACCUCAGCCAUUUGCUAAGGCCCCAUUCGUGGCUCCUAAGGCUUUUGGGGGCAUAAAAACAGGGACGUCCGUGCCUCCUGUGGGGCUGAAGAACCAGAACCACACCCCGGCUCCAUUUGGUUUUGCUCCUAAACCUACCCCUGCAGCCAGCUCCUUCCCUCCUCCUCCUGCCGCUCCCCCCGCCCCUCCAGCCAACAAAGUGGCUCCCCCAGCCUUCAAUCACUCAAAGCCAUCUUCCAUUGACUCUCAGAUGACUGUGAGCCCGCCCCAUCCUGCUCCUGUGCCCCCUCCUCAGCCCAAAGCGAUGACAUCACCACCCUCUUCUUACAGCCAGCCAAUGAAAACUCCCCCUUCAUCAAAGCCCUCGCCCCCUGGGCCUGUCUCUGUCCCAGGUGGAGGUGUUCCUCUCUCCAUGAGGGAGGUGGAGGAGCUGGAGAGAAUGACCCAUGCAUUCAUCAAAGACAUGGACACACACGCUCCUGUCAUCACUUCACCACCUACAGAGGUAUGUGGGAAGUGUGGUGAGGCUCUGUCUCGUUCCCAGCCUGCAGUGAGAGCCAUGAACAAACUCUUCCACUCUGACUGCUUCUGCUGUGUGAGCUGCCAUCGCCCCCUGCAGGGCAUGCAGUUCUACGACAAGGACGGGACACCACAGUGUGAGGACUGCUACACUAGUUCUCUGGCGGUGUGUUCUCGGUGUGGGGAGCGUAUUACAGACCGUGUGUUGAAGGCGGUGGGCCAGUGUUUCCAUGCCCACUGUUUCCGCUGCUGCACCUGCGCCUGCAGCCUGGAGGGGGCGCCCUUCAUCACUGACGACAACAACAACCCAUACUGUGUCCCAGACUACCACAGGCGUUUCUCUCCCCUGUGUGUGAGCUGUAAUGAGCCCAUAGUUCCUGACGCCGGCAGUCAGGAGACUGUCAGGGUCGUGGCCCUUGACAAGAACUUCCACCUCAAGUGCUACCGCUGUGAGGAUUGUUCCCGCCCCCUCUCCAUAGAGGCGGACGCAGACGGCUGCUACCCAUUGGACGGCAGGAUCCUGUGCAUGAAGUGCCACACCCAGCGGGCCAAGGCUAUGCAUUGAUUGGUGGACACAUCUGUUAUUCAAGUCGAACUUUGAACCAAAUCCAAGGCACAGGAUCCAUUCAGCUUCCACCAUUCUGUCUUUGCAACAGGGCUUUACUUGUGCACCGUGUGUGUGUGUGUGUGUGUGUGUGUGUGUGUGUGUGUGUGUGUGUGUGUGUCGUUAUGUCUCGCUCCUCUUUCUGCUUAUUCCCCCUGUCUCAGUCCAGAGGUAAUGUACUGCACUGAGAGACUCCCCUCCUCCAUUCCUCCUCCUUUCCCCUUCUCCCCUUGUGUUAAUGCCAGUGUUAUCAAGGCCAUUUUUUGUUUACGCUAAAUCUCCCAGCAUGACUUGCACAAGUACAGCUUAGUCAUGGACUGUGUCCCAACAGUCAAAGAUGGUUUCCUGUCCUCUUCUCUCUCCACUAAUAGGAAAACAUGUUAAUAAGGUUUUAGCCAUACAACUUUGAUUUGUCUAGGCCUUCCACUUUUCAGUGGUACGGAAGGGAAAGAGUAGAACUAUUACAGAGUAUUUGAGACAUAGUAACGGUAAAGUGAAGUUGCCCCUAGAUGCUGAUCUUGGGUCCCGCCUACUUAUUAGGGUUAGGUAUGGGGACGGCAAAUUGAUCCUAGAUCUGUGCCUACUGGCAACUUUUCCCAGGAGUUUAGUGUAACCCCCUGACCCCGGUGCAUGAGGAGUUGAACAAAAGUUUAAGGUGGACUAAUUCAUGUUCCCCUGCACCUCCCAUAGGGCUGAGCUCUGGUGGGCUGGUGGCACCUGAAGCGCUUUGGGAGUUGUAGUGCCUGCAAACAUACAAGUUGCUUAACUGCCUUUAGAGAGUGCUUUCUACAGAACUACAUAUCCCAUCAGACAUGAUGUAGCAGAGCAGUGUGCUGUGGAAAAUGUAGUUCCUCUAGGGCUAAAAACGGAGUGCAAAAAAAAACACACAAAAAAUGUGAAUGUCGCUCUCGUUUGUUUUUGUUGUGUGCAUUUGUUGCUUUAUAGGCAUGCAUAGCUACAGAUCACUGUCAGUUACUCUCACCAUUUUAUCAAGCACAGAAUGAGGGUACAAUAUGAUCAAAAUUACAAUUUAUUUCUUUGUCAAAGGGAUUUAAAGUGUAAUAGAAGAUUUAAGAUCAUGAUUGGAGAUACUACCAUUACACACUACCAAGAACAAAGAGGUAAAAAGUUUGCCAAGCACAGAUUCCAUUCCUAGUAUCUCAUCAUGUUAAAUAAUUAGAGUACUGUAGUUUAACGAGGGCCGCAUGGCUUAGAACAGGACCUACGCUCUAGGCAGAAGUUGCUCUUAACUGCAGUUCUAGGAUCAGAUUACUCUACCCCAUCCCUAAUCUUAAUUUAAAGGGGAUGGAGGGCAACUUCCAGGACCUACAGUAUAAUCCUUGCACAAAUCCAUUAGUUUACCUUUAGGUGAAUUGAAUGAAUGAGAGGUAAUAUCUCUAUACCUAUGUUAUUCAUUAGAUAUCUCAACUCGCCUGCACACCAGAUAAGUGUGCGUUCAAGAGCGCUUCAUUGAGGAUGAUAAUCACAAAUACUGUAACUAUACACCUGUAUUUACAAAUGCUUAGUAUUUGGGGCAUUUGCAGAUCUCUGACUAACGUAAUAAAACUGAUUUUAUGAAUCAGGGUUUUAAGUAUUAUAAACAUGCAACAGAUCAAAUGGCCAGUCCUGAUGGCAGGAUAAAAGAGAAAUGCCCCAAUCUGCGGUGUUGUCCGUUUUCCAGUAGAGUAAAGUAGGUCAUUGACCGUAGCAGCAGCAUGAAGACCAAACCAAUACAUUUCAAGGUGUUGGUAACACAUUUCAAAUCCAGGCAGUGGUCACUCAAAUGCAUCACGCUUUAAAUUCACUGCCUUUAUUUUCAUGGAAAUCACGUUCAUUUUUAAUCGUUUUUUUGUCUGCUUUACACAGUAUAUUGUUCCUUUCUCAUAAUAUUCCAAUGAAUACCACUGUUUCCAUUAUUCAGCUUAGUGUAAUUUUGUGUUGAUAUCAGUUAUAUUUACUCUAAUUGUAAUCUAACCAUACUGUAUUUCAUUGAUAAGUACUUUUAUUUUCUGCGAUUUUUAUGUGAAACUUGGUGAGGUGCCAUUUUCACCCUAGGAUUCCACUCUCUCCUGUUCAGACUGGUUUGCACCGAACACCCAUCCUUACACAUUCCUCAGUCUGGCAUAGCAACACAACCCUAAUGACAAAACUAACAUUCAAAACCACAUGGCCAAAUAGGACUCAAUAUGCGUGUUAUCUGGGUCGUCCUUACCACCUUUAGUGUUCUAACAGUUGUUUUCCUAUUUUUAUUUUUCUCACAAAUGAUUCCACCUUUGUGACCAUGCCUUUGUCAUCACUGUCAGACCACUGGUGUGUGAUGAUGCCUUCAGAAACACCACUUUGCUCAUUUAUUUAAUGAUUGCCUUGUUCUUUUCAUAUUGUUCUUAUAAAUUCCUCUCUUAUAUGUGUGAAUGUGUAUAUGUUUACGGUUCCAAACAUGCCAACAUUAUUUACCAGUACAUGUCAUUAUAUUUCUUCUUUCAUUUUACUGUACUCAAAAUAAAACAAACUGCUACAUGCCUAAA